AUGAGCGACAAUGGCCACGCGGGCGACGCGCCGGACUGGAUGCAGGAGCAGGCGGCCGAGUACGCCGACUUGGUCGGGAGCUUUGUCGAGUCGGUGGUGGACUCGGACACGGACGAAGUGCUCGAGUAUCAGCUGAUCUGGGAAGGCGGCGACUUGGGCGUCGCGCUCACGACCAUUGAAGGCGGCGAAGGCGGCGUCGCCGUGAGUCGCGUGACGGGGAAGGGCUUUCCCUUUGGUAUCAAGAACGUCGGGCCAGGCGAUCUUCUGUUGUCGAUCAAUACAAAAGACACGACAAAGGUCAAUCUGGACGACGUUGUUGCGUACCUGCAGAUCUGCGACUUGCCAGCGACGCUGCGGUUCAAGAAGCUCUCCCCCGUGGAGACCAAUGCACCGGUUUCGGUGCCCAGGAAGAGCACGUACGUGAUCACGAGUGGCAGUGCACCGGAUUCGACUGGACCCGUGGACUUGACAGCGUCGCAUUCGCACGCUCGUGGCUCCGACAAGUACGCACCGCCACCUGUUCCCCACGAGACGUCGUCGUCGUCGUCGUUCUCUCCAGACCAGCAGCAGCAGAGCACUGGGGGUUUGUCUUCGGAGAAGAUGUCAGUGUCGCAACUCGAGUCUAAUCCAACAGCUACUCGGGAAUCAGGUGCCAUUGACGAUGAACUGGCGUACGACGAGAACGAACAGCGCCCGUACUCGGGUUGGAAACUGGACUCGGCGAUGCCAGGUGUGAAGUCGCACGAGCCGUUUCCACCUCGCCAAGAGGCUUCGUUCGAAGAGGAGCUUUGCGAAGUAGACGGCUUGGUCCUCACGUCGGGUGAAAACGACCUCGGAUGUGACGAGUCAGAGGAUGAGUCCGUGCGGGCAUCAGGCGAGUCGCAUGACUCGUAUCGGGACGGGAGCUUCGAUGUCGAUGCUAGUCAUGGGGCUUGGGACGUUGACGGGGAGGAGAAAGAGGAUACUCUACUUGCAGCACAAAAGGGUAAGCAAACCAAUGAACCGGCGCUCCAACGCGACAAGAGCGACUCGACGGCUGCGAUGCUUGGGCACUUCUCCGUUGAAACAAGGGGAGAUGCUGUGCCGAUCCUCCCCGAUGCAGAAGAGGCUUCGGGCAUCGCCGCGGUGGAUAACGUGAGUGAUUUCUCGUCCGCGGGCCGCCACGCACCACCUCCUCGCGCAAGCGGUCGCGUGGAUUCGUCAGACAGCUUGUCUAGUUCCAUGGCGUCUUCGAUGAAUUCGUCGAUGAACUCAUCGAGGAGCAACACUGAGGCCCCGCGGCCUUCGGUGCGCGUGACGAUGGAUAGUACGGCCCCGCUAAUGAAGAGCCACCCAAUUGGCACACUACAUGAAAUGUGUGCGAAGGGUGACCUCCGCGGCGUAGUACAGCACUUGCGUGUGGAAGGGCCAGAGGCGCUGCUGAAUCGGGAGCCAAACCACGGCCAGACGGGAUUGCAUCUUGCGGUGAAGAGCGGUAAGGUGCCGCUGGUCAAGGUGAUUCUGGAACAGUACAAGCCGCUCGAAGACAUUGUCAACGUCGAGGACGACAAGGGCAACACAGCGCUACACUUUGCAGCUACAAAGACACCAGCCAUGGUGCACCUGCUCUUGGAGAGUGGCGCGAGCGCUAACGUGAAAAACAGCCGCAAGUUCACGCCACUGAUCAUCUCGGUGAUCACGUCAAAGGAUGACAGUAUCAUCAUACCUCGCAUGCUCCUCAAGUUCGGCGCUAAUCCGAAUGACAUGCACGACAGCCAUACCGUUAUCCACACUGCCAUCAGUACUGGACGCUUGCACAUUGCUGGUGCGCUCGUGCGGGCAGGAGCCAAAAUGGACGUGGAGGACGCUGAGGGGAAGAGCGUGUUUGAGAAGCUGCCGCGCAAAGACGUUCGGUACUUGAUAUCUCACAUUUACUUUCCACCGACGCACAUUACGAAGAAGGAGCGCUCCGAGUGCAUGUUGUGCCAUCAGAAGUUCAAGUUUAGCCACCGCGAGCACAACUGCACGCACUGCGGCCGUCUUUGCUGCGCGGAAUGUUCGGCACUGCAAGUCGAGAUGUACAGGUUCCCGAUGGGCUUCCCCGGUCGAACGCGUCGUGGCGCAGCGAACCGCGAGCAGAAGCGCGUGUGCAAGACGUGCUACAACGUGUUCAAGGAGCGCAACGAGGAGCCGGAGAAGAGCGAGAUGUCGAGGUUCAUCAACCGCGUCAUAAACAUCGAGUGGGACGAGGUGAAUCCGGAAAAGUUGCAGAAAGAACAGGAGGCAGGGCGUCGCGGGUAA